UACGCCGCUAGCCGUUGCGGCCGUCCAAAACAUUUGGAUUUGGGGAAGAAAAAUCUCUCGGCGAUUCUCCGGCCACCGUCCUCUCCCCGGCGGCGUCUCACCCGAUGGCGUCCGGCUUCCAUUUCCCGUUACUGCCGCCGGCGAAGAUCGCGGAGCAGCUGGUCGAGUUCGAUGUCGCCCCCUUCGCCAACCUCCGCGCCGAGCACAUCGCCAGCCCGCAGCCCGACCUGCUCCCGGGCGUCCUCGGCCGCUUCUUCGACUACUUCGUCGACGCCCCCGGGGACGGCGAGGGCGGGCAGCUAGGGUUCAGCGAGCUGGAGGUGCUGGACAACCCGGAGCACCACGAGGAGGCCAUCCGGCUGCUGCGCCUCUACAGCAAGUCGCAGGCCUUCCUCGAGUCCAUCCACUACAGGGACCUGACGCUCGCCGACUUCACCCACCCGACGCCGCGCCGCGUCGUCGAGGUCCUCAGCGCCCUCAUCAACUUCCUCCUCUACAGGCACGACAAGACGGAGCUCCUGCAGCCCAUCGUCAGCGAGUCCUCCGACUACCACGAGCGCGACCUGGAGCUCAAGGCCAGGAUCGCCCAGCUUCAGAAGGAGAUCGCGGAUCAUGAGCUCGCGGAGCAGAUGGAGGAGCCCAUGGCCCAGCAGCUGGAAGUGGACGUCAAUGCUCUGCAGCAGAAAGUUCAGGUUUACAACAAGCAGCAACUGGCCCUGCGAGCAAAAGCCGCAGCCAUCAGUGACAAGAAAGAGGAGAUCGACAUGAAGAUAACCCAGGCUGAUUUUGAGUUGACUAAACAUGCCCAAGAAAACUCCAAAUUGAGGUCCAAGUUAGUAAAGUCCCCAGAGAAGGUUCAGAGGGCCUUGGAAGAGAAGAAAUCAGCCCGUGCUAAGUUGAAGGAGUCUGAGAAAAUAGCAACACAAAAUGCUCAAGAGAAAACUGGCACUUUGGAGAUACGCAAUAAGGCUCAUGAAAAACUGGUGAAGCAACACUCUAAAAUCCAGGAUGUACAUGAACAGCUUGCUGCUGCUAAAACAGUUGAAAAGGAAGUCAAAACUCGUAAGGCUAAGCUUAAUGAUGAAAGUGUCUCAGUUAUGUCCUUUGAAGCACAGAUUGUUGAGUGGAAAGGAAAAGUACAUGAAAUGGAGGAGCGUCUCAAGGCAAAAGUGAAAGAAAGGAAUCAAAUAAUAGCAGAUGAAAAUCAGAAGAUGGGCGCUUUGAGCUCCGAGACUGAGGUUAAAUUGCAGUGCCUUGAACCUAGAGAAAAGAAAGUAGAGGCAAUGAUCGCGAAGGCUUCGAAGCUAUGUUCUGAAACUGCUUCUGCAAGGACCAGUGCCACAGCACAACAGCAGAAAAUUCACGCAAAAUUCAACAACAUUGUGAAGGCGUUUAACACCUACAUGGAUAGUGUCGACCCUUUCUUAGAGCGGGUUGAGGAGGUCGGCAGGCAACUGGCAGGGGAAUGCGCCUCUGCUCCCGAUCCGUCUGCCGCUGUUGCAACAAAAGCCACGCCCAGAUCCAGUACAACGAGCAAGAAGUCAAGGGCUAGGAGAAGGACUUGAUGAGCUGCUGUUCCUUUUAUUCCAGUGCCUAUAACUGAAUUAUGCGCUGGUGUGUUGCAGGCUUAGGCAUUGAUUAGGAUAACCAAAAACUACGUGCUGAUGUUAUGUAAAUAUAGGGGCUGGCUAGGUGUCAGGUGAGUGAAAAACAAAUUUGGGUCAGUCGAUCGUUAUGAGCCAUUGGAUGUAAGAUGAUGGCCAUAUCAGCUUCUUCAACCUCUGAAAUGGUUUCACUGUUCAUCUUCUA